AUGGACUCUCCUAUUUCCUACAGGGUAUUUGCGCUUGAUGUGGCCUUGGCUUUGUUAGAACAUCCAGAGCGGUUUCCGGAUGUCGUUUUGACUGAAGAGGAGCAGGUGUUUCUGAAACACAAAUUCCUGGUUCAGGUCAUGAUCAUCGGUCGGUGUUCAGACAAAGUGCCCACCGUUCGCAGCAAAGCCCUGUCAAGCUUUGCUCAGUGCCUGGAGAACAAAGUUAUCCCAAACGUACAAGACAUUCAGGAGCUGCUGCAUGGCACAGGUUGUUCUUCGGUCAUGGAAACAAACACUCCUGUUGAAACAUUCCUAACCAAUGUGGAAGGUCGUACCAGCCAUCAGCUGAAGACAUUCCCAACCUUCAAAACCAUCGAAAUGACCCACGAACGGGACUCCACCAAGUUUGACGGAAAAGAAAUCAUGGCCAUCCUGAGGCGGAGAGCUAUAGAUGAGAAGACCAAUGUGAGGAAAUCGGCCCUCCAGGUGUUGACCAGCAUUUUGAAACACACUGUGGUCCCGUGUACCCAAGAAGACCUGUCCACCGUCCAGGAUCGUUGCCGGGAUCCAGCUAUUUCCGUGAGGAAGUUAGCGCUGCAGUCUGUUACGGAGCUAUUACUGUCACAACCAACGAACCUUCUGAUGCAGAAGGCCUGGCUCAUGGGAGUCAUCCCUGUUAUUAUGGACUGUGAGACCUCUGUCCAGGAGAAAGUCCUGGAGUGCGUAGAUCACCUCUUGCUGCAGCACAUGAAGCCCUGCCAUAAAUUCACGCCUCAAGACAAGGAUCAAGUGCUGGCUUGGGAUCUCCUUACGUUGCUCACGACAGAGACUCAAGAGCUGAGCCGCUAUUUAAGUAAAGCUUUCCACAUUUUGGCUCAGAAGAACAAAUUCUCCUCUUCGUUCAUUAACGGCGUCAUCUCUCAUACCGAAACCGAGCGUGCGGCAGCGGCUUGGAUGUUAUUGGCAAAAGUGGCUGGUUCUUCACCCAAGUUGGACUAUUCGAAAAUCAUUGAUGCCUGGGACAGCAUCAGCAAACAGCCCAAAGCCAAUCUGGAGACCAUGGUGCACAUCCUCAGCGUGAUUGGAAGUGUGGCCAGACACCUGCCCAGCGGCACCAAGAGCAGGCUAAUGAAUGAUCUCAAAUGUUGGCUGCAGGACUUCCAGUGUCCUUUGGAAGCGAUCGGCUCAGCUAUCGAAACUCUGCAGAAGCUUAGCCAGGCCGUCACAGACGCCCCAAAGGAGAUGCAGGAGCUGCUGAACAACCUUUGUGGAGAUCUUUUAACGACCUGUGAGCAAUAUAUCUCAAAAAUAGUCCUCCAAGAAUUUGGCACGGAACAGCUGCAAGAGGAUGCCUUGGUGAGGCACCUCUUCACCUUGGGUGAGAUUGCACAGCUCUGUCCAGCCAAAGUGGACAAGCGCAUCUUCUUGCUGAUCCAAUCCCUCUUGGCUAGUCCUGACAACAUGGAACAUUUGUCCAGCCCUGCGGAGAAUGAGGACCUCCCAGCAUCCCAACCGUUGUCACAAUUCCGAGGGUCCAUGAUGCCUUCUCCAGUCCGAGCACAUGCAUUCAUUACUCUGGGAAAGCUAUGCCUGCAACAUGAGGACCUGGCGAAGAAGUGCAUCGCGGCCUUGGCUCGCGAACUGGAGGUGUCCAAGGACGUGGCCGUCCGCAACAAUGUGGUGAUCGUGAUGUGUGACCUCUGCGUCCGCUACACCACCAUGGUGGACAGGUACAUUCCCGACAUUGCCGUAUGCCUGAAGGAUCCGGAGCCAUUCAUACGAAAACAGACGCUCAUCCUCCUUACGAAUCUCUUGCAGCUCCAGUGUGGCAACACUGAAGCCUCCAAAUGGGAGAAGAGCCUCUUUUCCCUGAAAGGCAAAGCCAACAAAGGGCCCCGGAUGCAAAUCUACAAGUUCCUCCUGGAGCAUUUUACUGACGAACAGCGAUUCAACAUCACCUCCAAAAUCAGCCAGAACGUCCUGGCCUGCUUUGUGGAUGGGAUUCUGCCACUCAAUAUGGAAGCCAACCAGCUGCUCUCGGAUACCUUUGAGAUCUUGAGCUGCAAGGAGAUCAAACUCUCGGCCAUGAGAUCCAGACCGGAAGAAGACAUCCAGCCGGAAGAAGACGAGUUGGCCAUGGCCAAUGCCGUCAUGCAGGUGGCCCAGAAGAAGCUGAUUUCGCAAGUCCAAAAGAAGAAUUUCAUUGAAAACGUCAUUCCCAUCAUCACUUCGCUGAAGACCUUGUUGGAGCAAAACAAACUCCCAGCGUUGAAGGACCUCAUGAACUACCUCCGGGAGAUGAUGCAAGAUUAUCGCCAUGAAAUCAAGGAGUUUUUCGCCCUGGACAAGCAGCUGGCGGCUGAGCUGGAGUACGAUAUGAAGAAGUACGAGGAGCAGCUGGAGAGGGAGGCUGAGCAAAACCAGGAGCUGAGCGUAGAUCACGUAGGCCACAACACGUCAGUGGCCAGGCCGUCUUCCGGCUUGGAGAGGACUUCACAUCCUCGGAAUCAGAUGGACAAGGCCUCCCCGCCUACCCAAAGCAAUUCUCCCCCUCUGCGAUCUCCUCUCUCGCCCCUUGCAAUGUUUACCGUUCCCGGGCCGGGAGCCAUGAAACCCAGAGCCAGGAAUCUGUCCCUGAGUACUUUUGCCAUCCUCAACUCCGCUAAGCAAGCCGUCGAGGCCCUGAAGGCGAAGCGCGGAAGGAGCAUGGGGACUGGGCUGGAGUUUCUGCAGAGCGGACAAAGCGAUAAAGCUUCCUUUUGCAGUUUGAACCACCCGUCUUCCGUUACCAACAGACCCUUGGAAGGCCGCGCGAUCAGUACUCCUGAACAGUCCAUUAACAACGUGACCUUCGGAGCCGGAGUCAGCCAAAUUAGCCUGAACCUCACAUCAUCUUGUAAAGUCAAAGAGGAACCACAGGAGCAGAUCAUUUGCUUGAACUCCCUGGAUAAACCGCUGCCCCCGCCCGCACCAUGGAGGGUGAAUUCUCCAAGAAGAAGCAGUCCAUCCAGUUUAACACUGCGGAGAUCCAGCCGUAAAACAUCCCGACAGCCAACAAAAUGACUGCUUUUGUUCCAGGCAAGAAUGCAUCUUGCCUACAAGCAGAAUCAUGUUUCUAGAGCACUCUCAGUACCUUUGGGAAGAUCAUCGAUCGAUGCCUCCUAACUGUUCUUUUUUAUUCUCCCCAUGUCAAGCUUGCUUGCUUUUAUAAUCGGUGGGCUAUAAAUAACCUGUUUAGUAGUACUGCAGUUGGAAAUACUCAAUGGCUGCCUGCCUAGACAAGCCCCCCCCACCCCCUAUACUUUGUUUGAUAUGUAGAUGUCCUCUGGAGUAUUUGGGUUGGUUGGGGUCCAUGAAGCUCGUUUAGGUCUGGGACUAACUUUGACAAUUG